AUGGAGUACCCUAGCAGAACAAAGUUAUUAGAGCUCCAAAAAAUAAUGAGUAAGAUGUCAUUCGAAGUAUGCCGCAUAAUAGUUUUACCUGUAUUUGGAGUGCGCUGGUGGGACGUAGCGCGAACAGUUCGCAAGUCAAGGUUACCAAUGACUCCACUGAGUAUUGCAAGAAUCAUUUGUAAAGGAAUUGCUAGGAAUCUGCCCGCUGAAGAAGUGGAUGAAAUAAUAUCAAGACUGCGUCUAAUAUUGGUCGCAACACAAAAUAAUAGAAUUUGGCAUGUUAUUGAAUUACGAGAGCCAUUAAGUGAAGAGCCGGUGAAACCAGCAGAAUUGCGUGAAAGACUGAUGCAAGCAUUACAGAUUAUGCGUGUUUGCAGAAAGAAGACACCAGAGGUAGAAGUAGUUCAAUGGAAAGAUCUAGAGUUUGUUAGUGUGCAGCUGUCGUCGGGCAUAAGAUCUAGUGCUUCGCUGUACCUGGCUCUCCCUCCGGGAGUUCCUGUGGCGUUAACAAGUUCGGUUCGGGGUGGCGGUCUGUUGAAAGCCUGUGUUUUAGGUCUCGGUUACAAAACUUUCGAAGACGUAAGCCUCCAUGGUCGAGAUAUUCCGUCACUACUUCGUAUACAUGCCGGAUGGAGUGAGAAUGUUGAUCGUUUGACUGAAAUACCAGAAUAUGCUCCCGUACCUAUUGUAACUAACACUGGUAUAGAUUACACUUACAAAACGUACGACCAACAAUAUGUGGAUAACAUAUUGGGUCCCAACCCCCCGCUACUAACGGAGCUGUACAUAAAGAGUUCAAAGAUGUUCUUUGAGGAGCAGAGACUGAACAAGCAAAUGAAUUUGACACUGCAGUUAAAGACCGAGGAUGUAGCGAAAACGCUCAAAUCGUGGGUACAGAUUGGUGCUCUAGCACCCACCUCAGAAUUGUUUCAUAUAUUUCAAAAGAUAAAGUCAAACAAAAUAACUUAUACUGCAGAGGAGUGA